AUGGCCGGCAAAUACGUGUGCACUGUGGGCGGUUGCAAGAAGAGCUUCACUUCGAAGCCCAGCCUCGGCGAGCACUUGAGGUCGCACACGGGCGAGAAGCUCUUUUGCGGACAAGAUGGGUGCCAGUACACCUGUUCUGGUCUUAAGACCAUGAGGCUCCACAGAGCCAACAAACACCCAACGGAGGACACUUCGUUGAUCUUUUGCAGGUGGGAGAGCUGUCAAUACAACAGCUCUCGCAGUGACAACUUAAAGCGGCAUCAACCCAACUGCAGCCGCCGACCACAGAUCUGGCGCCCAGUGCCAGACCAAGACUUACCUUCGGGCAUCAGAGUCACCCGCGCUCAUCACGAUGACGUGCGGAGACAACAAUUUGGGGAGGAUCCCGCCAACCUCCCAGAGCAAUGGCGCCCUAACGGAGGGCACAUUGUACCACAACUAGAACCGCCAACUUCCCAGGCGGGCCCCGAGCUCGCGGCCCCUGAGCUCACUGACGACGUUGGCGAGGACGGCCAACAGGCGGUCCACCAAAUCCUGGACGACAAUACCGCCCAAGGCGAGGAUUUAUUCAACUGGGACCUUGCGGCCGCUCCAACAGCGGCCUCCAAUAACAUGAACGUCCUUGCCACUCCAACAGUGGCCUUCUACAACUUCAAUCUCCCUGCCGCUCCAACAGCGGCUUUCGUUAACAUAAACGUCCUUACCGUUCAACCGGCGGACUUACACAACAUGAACGUCCCUGCCGCUCCAACAGCGGCCUUCGACAGCAUGGACGACUUUGAUCCAUAUCCCCCCAUGCCCACAAUGGGCUUUGAUCAACCAGAGCCCGCCAACCUGGAGGCUCAGCCAUUGGUUGAGCCAAACCCUGUCUGGGACUGGUCCCAGUUCAUUAACCAAGAAUACGUAUUGUGA